AUGGGGCACGCCUGGUUGGACUCCCUCUCGGAGGAUUGGGUGUCGCAACCGGGAUCGGACGCGUCCGUGGCCGACCCCCAUUCCUCCGCACCUUCCCCCGACGCGCAACGGAAAGCCAAAGAGUCGACGACGACGACGACGACACCGAGCCGAAUCCCCCGACUGAGCAGGAAGAACCUCGACAACGCCGCGAACAGCAGCAACAUCCUCGGCGAGCGAAAUGUUAACUACAGUCCCCGCCGCACCUCGUCGAAGCUGUCGCAAGAGCUCAAGUUUAGUAACGGGCGGAGCACGGCCGACAGCCGCUCCUCCUUCUCCUCUGAUCGUUCGAAUUCCCUCUCGACGGUCGGGUCGGUGGUUCAGCACAAGUCGAUCGCGUCGGUCAACAACAGGCGGGGGUCGACUCCGGAGUGGAAGAGACGGCUGGUGUAUGGGGAUUUGUCGUAUGGGGAGCAGGCGGAUUUGUUUACUUCUGCGGGGAAGGGGCUGGAGAAUAUUUUCAAGCCGCCUACGACGGGGAAUGCCAGCAGGGAGGAGUCGUUUGAGCCGAGGUCUUCGCGGUUUACGCUGCCGUCUAGUCCGCCGGUGUAUCAGCGGGAUUUGUUGUCGUCGACUGUUGAGACACAGGCGGAGGAGUCUGUUCAGGAGUUGCCGGAACACCCUGGAGCAGUGGGGAGGAGAUCACAAAUACUUACUACUGCGAGGCAGAGGCGAAUGGAGGACUCGUUCGAUCAGAGUAGGGAUUCGGAGAAUAGCAUGUUACCUGAUAGCUGCACGCAGCAGGCCACGACGACUGCGCAGACGGAUGUUUCGAACCAGAACUCGUUGGUGGUGGACUCGAGGAAGGUCAGCGGCAGGAGCGACGUGAGGAAUGAGGAUUUUAGCCCGAUCCUGAUAGAGCGGCGCCAGGCUAGCAAUGGGAAGACGGUGUUUGGGCCUGCGGAAUUACCGCCUGAGGAGCUGCGGAAGCGGUUGGAGAAGUUGAGACAGAACCAACGUUUUCUCACGGGGGGUACGGAUGAGGAGGACGAGGCGGAUGGCCAGUCAGACGGGAAUGGGAAGUCAAAGAAUGGUACUACUAGCACGAGGGAGUUUGUGAGACAGGGCGGGUACAUCAACUUCCAGCGCGGUGGCCGGUCGGCGGAGGGGUCUUUUCGGCAUCACCGGCUGAGUUCGGGGCAUGAUGCUUCGGAAUUCUGCCCGGAGGAGUCGCUCCAGGCCAGCACGCCAAAGCAAUUCCCUACCGUGAGGGUAGAGCCGUGGGAUGAAUCGGCUGAAAUCCCGGUUGACAGUCCUCAGUAUCCUUCUGCUCCUAACCCAAGCCCGCAAAAGGCGCAGAGGUUACUUCCUGUGCCGCCACCUAGCACUGCGAGUCCGUUGAAGCUGUUUCAGCCGUAUGACACGUUUACCAACCAGACGCUGCUGAGGAGACUGAGCCAGUUUCAGGCGGAGCCAUUGGCGAGUGACAAUUCUUUUGCGAUUGCGCAGGACCAGAGCAGGGUCAGCAGGUUUGGCGAGGGGGAGCUGGACGGGUACGAGUUCCAAGACGAGUUUUCGCACGUUGGGGGGGUGGACGCAUCCGGACUAGAGGCGGACAAGGAGAACAGGGGUCCUGCUAGCCCUGGUCUUGACGAGGAUGAUCAAGACAACAAUGGCUCCACCCACCACCGCGCGUCGUCGCGUCCGCCGAUUUUUGGCGACUUUACUAGCCACGAUGAUGAGAGCUCGCCUUGGGAGAUUGAGGAUGAUUUGUUGAGGAUUUCGAGGAGAAGAAGGCAAAAGUCGGCGACGACGACGGUGAAUUCGGCUUAUUCUACUACUACUACUGCUGCUGCUGCUGCUACUACGCGACGGAGUCUUUUUUCGGGCGCGGGGGAGUUGUACAGUGGCGGGAGUAGGAGAUACAAGAGGAGUAAGAGGACGUCGUUUCCUUUUGGUGGUGGUGAUAGCAGGAUCUCCACUCCCAGGCGGAGAAGAGACGUUAGUACUACAGGGACAGGGGGGGGACUGUUGUCGGAAAUUAAACGUCCUAGGACAUCGCCAUCGAAGGAUCCGACGCCCAAGAGGAGGAGGACGCUGCACAAGUCUGAUGUUUCUUAUGGGACGUAUGAUGACGACGAUUCUUCUGCCGCAGAUUCUACCGCGGGAGUUGACGCGGUGCAAAUGAGUCAUCAACAGAUGCAGGAGGCGAUACUGAGGCAUCAGCAGAGGAGGGAGGCGCGGGCGGCUAGUCAGGAGCAGAAACAGCAGCAGUUAUCGUCGGAGGAGGAGGAGGAGCAACAGGAGGAAGGAGAAAGGAUGGCGGAGGAGGUGGAGAUGAUUAGCAAGGCGGGGGAGGAGUUGGGACGGCCUAGGACACCGACGCCGAACCAACGGUCUUCGACACAGCAGCGCGCGCCGCUGCUCGAGAUUGACCCUGCGGCGACGAGGUCACCGAUGAGGUCGAGCAGGAACACGCGUCCGGGUACUGCGGGGGGACAUCCACCUACUUCAGGGGCGCAGCCGCCGACAAACAGGAAGCCAUCGAUUAGGACGGAGGAUUUUAUCAAUGAGGCGAACAAGAUUAUGGCCAUGAUUCGGAGCAAGGCCGGGUUGGCGAGCGGGCUGGCGAGCUUGGAGGAGUCGGAGGGGGAGAAUGCGCAGGCAGUUAUGGACGGGGAGAGUUCUUAUGCUUCGAGCAAGGAGCCUUUUUCGCGACCGCCGAGCCGAGAGGGGAGGCCGCCGUUGUCGAGGAGGCCGACGAAGCAGGAGGAUCCGGAACUGGCGGAGAGGUUGAAGAAGUAUGAGGAGGGGAGCGAGAUGGGGGAUGUUAUUGCUAGCUCGGUGAGGUCGAGGGAUUUGAGCUUGGAGGCGUUACGGGCGGCGAGGGAGAGGGAGGAGAUGGAGGAGAGGGCGAGUCAGAUCAAGGCUUCGUAUGGGAGUGCUAAUGCUGGGAUGACGAGGACGUCGCUGUUUGAUCAUGAUGACGGGGGGGUUAUUAGCGACCCGCCGAAUUUGAGAAUCUCGAGGAAUCCCGAGUGGCAGGAAGGGGAUAUUUUUACGGAUGAGGGGCCGGCUUCGUACGGGACCAGCAAUCCUGGGUCUGUUGGGACGAAUUCUACCUAUGCCACUCAGUCGUCAAGAGGGUCUUCAAGGGGAUCGGAGGCGAGGAAGACGAUUGCGCCGGAGAGUGUCCUGCAUUUGAUUCCGGACAGGGUGGGGAAUAUGGUGUUGGAUAGGCAACGGAAUGUGUGGAUCAAAAAGAGACCAUCACCAACGCCGGCACCGCCGCCUGUGGUUCUUCAGGGAAGGAGGUCAAGGGCUAAUUCGGCGAGGUCAAACUUUCUGCCGUCGGAGGCGAGCGAGGAUGAUCCUUUUGCUGGGAUACCAGAUUUGUCGGUUGAUAUCACGAUGGAGAUGCAGAACCUGGCGCUGGCGACGGGCAGGAAGGAGAGCGGUUCGGAUACAAUGUUCAACCAAGGGUCUACGACGCCAGAGAGCCCGAAGAGGGGCCCUUCGGCGGAUGUCAGUGGUUUGAGUGGUGCUAGUAUUGCGACUGCCACUGCGGCCUUGAGGCUGAGCAUGGGUAAUGGGGAGACACCGAGUCGCGGGCCGAGGUCGACUAUCUCUCUCCAGACAAAUCUUGCGAAUCUCAAGACGCCGACGAGAGGGGAGGCAAAGAUUAGUUUGAGUGAGGACUUGGCUGCUCUCAAGGAGCGUAGGAGGUUGACGAUCAGCUUCUCUUCGCCCAUUGCAGAGGUUAUCCAGGAUUUGUCGGGUGGUGAGGAUGAGUUUGAGUGGGAAGAAUCCGGGGUUAUUGAGCAGGUUGCUGAAGAUAUUGCCAAGGAUGUUGCUCUAGAUCAGCUGAAACGGGGUAGGAAAACCGUUUCUAUCCAGGCGACUCCCAGGAGGCGGACGUCAAGGUCGAGAAGCACUUCGAGGGGUCCGCCGAGGCACCUUUCGUUCCGGGGCCAGACCCUUAUGGCGAGGCCGGUGUCGAGGAUUGAUGAGCACGAGGAGGAAUCUGCGCAGGCCCAGGCCCAGGCCCAGGGCGGUUCUAACGGUCCGUCUGGGAUGGAGCUCAGCAUCGUGCCGGAGAACACCGUUGUUGCUCAUGAGGGUGAUGAACGGCACGGCAGUGUCAGUAUUGUCGUCACUCCUGCUCGGCCUUCGACGUGUCCGAUUCCCGACAUGAACAAUACGCCGAUUAUCAGCCAGUAUGUCGGGACGUUUUCGCUCAGCCCCAUGUCGGAGUUCACCAUUCAUCGUCCGGAGGAGACGUUGCCACUCGAGGCGAGCUAUGUGGUUAAUGACCACCGUUUAGUGACUGGCAGCCCUUCCAAACGCCACGUCUCGAUGAGCACCCGCCAGCUGGUGGACAAGAUUGCCGAGGUGGAACCGUUUGAGCCUUACUGGGAAGACAUGCGCGAGCUCGAACUGCGCGACAAGCAGCUUGACAGUUUGCACUCGCUGGACGACUUUUGUGGGCAACUUGAGAGCCUGGAUGUCUCCAACAAUGCCAUCCGGAACCUGAGCGGGAUCCCGAUUUCGGUGUUGCAUUUGAGGAUGGCCAACAAUCAGCUCUCGGGGUUGACGGCAUGGGGGCAUUUGAUGAAUCUGCAAUAUGUUGACGUUUCGAACAAUGCGUUGACGAGCUUGACGCCGCUGAGGACGCUUGUUCACCUGCGGAGCAUCAAGGCUGACAAUAAUCAGUUAACGAGUUUGGAUGGGAUCAAGUAUCAUCGUGGACUUCAGAGUCUUCGCGCGAGGGGGAAUCAGAUUGAGGAGGUUGAUUUCGAAGGGGCUACCCUGUCGCAACUGACGGAUCUUGAUUUGAAGGGGAACAGGAUCAAGACUGUCAACAACCUCGACGCUCUCCCGGCUCUGUCGUCUCUUGAUCUGGAAGGCAACCAGCUCGAGUCGUUUUCUGCUGGUUCCGACACCCCGAUGCACUCCCUUCGUUAUCUGUAUCUCAACAACAACCAGCUCACCUCCCUCUCCGUCGCCAGGAUGCCUCACCUCCGCCUCCUCCACGCAGACAAGAAUUUUCUCGUUCGCAUCAGUGGGUUCUCCCGCGCGAGGAGGAUUGACUCGCUGUCUCUUCGCGAGCAGCGGUCCAGCACCCCGCUCGACCUCCCCUUUUUGCUGUCUCGCGUGUAUGAAGUCCGCAAGUUAUUCCUCUCGGGCAACCCGCUCCACACGUUUGAGCCGCAGGUUGAUUUUUUGAAUCUGCAGCUGUUGGAGGUGGCGAAUUGCGGGCUGGAGCAGUUGCCAAAGGAUUUUGGGAUGUUGAUGCCGAAUUUGAGGGUGUUGAACCUGAACAUGAACGCGCUGAGCGAGAUUAGGCCGUUGAGGUAUAUCCCCCGGCUGAAGAGGUUGUUUAUGAGCGGGAAUCGGCUGGGGGAUGCGGCCAAGCUGGUGGAGGUGCUGGGUGGGUUUAGGUGGUUGAGGGAGUGUGAUGUGAGGGAUAAUUUGGUGACGUUGGGGUUUUAUGCGCCGUUGCAGCAGCGGGAUAAUAAUCAUUUGGUGGUUGCUGUGAAGGGGGGGAAGGAGGGGGAGAAGGAUGAGGGGGGGAGGUUUGUGUUGCCGGAGCAGGAUCGGCAGAGGGAUAGGGAGUACAGGGGGCGGUUGGAUUCGAAUACGGCUAUGAGGAGGAGGUUGUGGGAGUUUAUGGUUUCGGAGAGGGUGCCGAGUGUGAGGAAGCUGGAUGGGUUGGAGGUUGGGGGUGGGGAGAAGAAGGAGGAGGGGGAUGGGGCUUGGAGGAAGUUGUUGGAAGGGGGGUUGGUUGAGGAGGGGGAGAAGCAGGGUGGUGCCGGGGAGAAGAAGAGGGAGAAGGGGGAGGCUGAAGAUAGUUUUGCUUAA